GGGGAGCCGGGGCAGAGCCCCCCAUUCCCGUCCCUGGGAACGGCUCGGGCCGGUGCUGCAGAGCCGCCCUGCUGCCCGGCGGGCUCGGCUGCACGGCCCCCGGGGGCUCUCCCUUUCACACAAGCGCUUGAACAGAGAUGGUAAUCCCGUUUAUAGCUUUUCCCAAACAGCUCAAUGGCACCCCGAAAGAAGUUAAAGGGUCUCGUAGCUGCUACCAUCACUCCAAUGACUCCGGAUGGAAAAAUUAACCUCCCGGUGAUUCGUCAGUACGUGGAUUAUCUGGUAAAUGAGCAGAAUGUGAAGAAUGUUUUUGUGAAUGGCACAACAGGAGAAGGCCUAUCCCUUAGCAUCCAGGAGAGGAAGCAGUUGGCAGAAGAAUGGAUGUGCCAGGGAAAAGACAAUUUGGACCACGUGAUCAUUCAUGUGGGAGCACUGAAUCUGCCAGAGUGCCAAGAGCUGGCAAGACAUGCAGCAGCCAUAGGUGCUGAUGGCAUUGCUGUCAUAGCCCCCUUCUUCUUCAAACCCACAAACAAAGAUGAGCUGGUUGCUUUCUUGCAGAAGGUUGCAUCUGAAGCCCCUGAGGUGCCAUUUUAUUACUAUCACAUUCCUCCUCUGACAGGUGUGAAGAUUCGUGUGGAAGAGUUGCUGGAUGGGAUAAAAGUACAGAUCCCCACCUUCCAGGGUGUGAAGUUCAGUGACACAGACCUCUUGGACCUGGCACAGUGCAUACACAAGAAUGAACCAGGGGAGUUUGAAUUUCUUUAUGGGGUGGAUGAGUACAUACAACUAUUUGGGCCGACAAACCAAUCUGAUGUUGCAAGCCUUUGCAAAGCCAGACUUUGCCUUGGCACAGCAGUAUCAGUUUCUCACUGGGGAAUUUCUCAACUUUGUCAUCAAACUGGGUUUUGGUGUUGCACAGACUAAAGCUGUAAUGACCUCUGUUUCUGGCAUUCCCAUGGGACCUCCACGGCUUCCACUUGUUGCUGCCUCCAGUGAGUUCAUCGUCAAGGCCAAAGCCAAGCUGGACAGCAUUGUGUGGCCUAAUGGUGACUGAUGGAAUCGUGGAGUCAUUACACUGAGAAAGACCUCUGAGAUCAUCAGGUCCAACCAUUAACCUGACAUUCCUGAGUCCACCACUGAGCCACAUCCUCAAGUGCCACAUCUAUGAUGUUGUUUACUUCCAUGUCCAUCUGGAGGUUUCUUUUCUGGGAUUCUCUGCCAUGUUACACAUCCCUUCCAAGAUGGGCAGGAUUUCUUUCAGGGAACCGGCACUGUGCCCAAGCCCCUUCCUGUUAGGGCUGGCUGUGCUGGGACACAUGUAGUCUGACAUUUUACACUGCUCCCCUGGAGCUCUGCACGUUCCAGGACUGACUGGGAUUGUUUAAUAAAAAAAAGCAAAUUUUUCCCAGUUGGAGGAGAGGGCUGAUGACUUUUGCCUAGAAAGGAAGAAGACCUGUCUCUACCCCCUCUCAGUGUCCAUGAGGACACUACAUUGUGGGUUUAAACAACAGUAUGACACCAUCAUUGCUCAGGCUGGUAUCUGUUCAGCAGAGUCACUGGGACAUUGUCUGUGCAUGUAAAAUCCUAUCUGAUCUCUGUUUAUACACCUUAAUGCAAAAUUAAAAUUGUGACAGCAAGUUUUGGAUCACUAAUAA